CGACCCUCGGCGCGCGCGCGGGUGAGCGAGGUGACAGCGGCCGGGCCGGGCCGUGGGACGUGGAGCCCAGCCCUGGGGACCGGCCCGCUCCCCAGCGCAGCCGCGAUGUCGGUGGCCGGGCUGAAGAAGCAGUUCCACAAAGCCAGCCAGCUGUUUAGUGAAAAAAUAAGUGGUGCUGAAGGAACGAAGCUAGAUGAUGAAUUUCUGGACAUGGAAAGGAAAAUAGAUGUUACCAAUAAAGCGGUUGCAGAAAUUCUUUCAAAAGCCACUGAAUACCUUCAGCCAAAUCCAGCAUACAGAGCUAAGCUAGGAAUGCUGAACACUGUGUCGAAGAUCCGAGGGCAGGUGAAGACCACGGGCUACCCGCAGACGGAGGGGCUGCUGGGAGACUGCAUGCUGAAGUACGGCAGGGAGCUCGGGGAGGACUCCACCUUUGGCAACGCGUUGAUUGAGGUUGGCGAGUCCAUGAAGCUGAUGGCUGAGGUGAAAGACUCUCUUGAUAUUAACGUGAAGCAAACUUUUAUCGAUCCACUUCAGUUGCUCCAAGAUAAAGAUUUAAGAGAGAUUGGGCACCACCUGAAAAAGCUGGAGGGCCGCCGCCUGGAUUACGAUUAUAAAAAGAAGCGAGUAGGUAAGAUUCCAGACGAAGAAGUCAGACAAGCGGUAGAAAAGUUUGAAGAGUCAAAGGAGUUGGCUGAAAGAAGCAUGUUUAAUUUUUUAGAAAAUGAUGUAGAGCAAGUCAGCCAGUUGGCCGUGUUUGUGGAAGCUGCACUAGACUAUCACAAACAGUCCACAGAGAUCCUGCAGGAUCUACAGGGCAAGCUGCAGAUGCGGAUAUCGGCUGCAUCUAGUGUCCCCAGACGAGAAUUCAAGCCCCGGCCAGUGAGGAGGAGUCCUAGUGAGCUCAAUGGGCUUUCCACCGCUACUACAGCAAAGACGACAGGUUCUAACAUUCCCAUGGACCAGCCCUGCUGUCGCGGUCUCUACGACUUUGAGCCAGAAAACCAAGGAGAAUUAGGAUUUAAAGAAGGGGACAUCAUUACAUUAACCAACCAAAUAGAUGAGAACUGGUAUGAAGGAAUUAUACACGGGGAAUCUGGAUUCUUCCCUAUUAAUUAUGUGGAAGUGAUUGUGCCUUUACCUCAGUAAACGUGUAACUCAAAACUUUGGACACAUUUUCCUGACUGAAAUGAAUUCACACCGAUGUUCUCGCCGUGUGGUGUUCUGUGACCUCUGAGCUCUCUUAGCAACUUAAUGACUUUUGUAUGUGUGUUAUCUUUCUAAUGUAUUUUGUAUCAAUUUAAUUUGUAUAAAUGAUUUUUUUUUGUUCUUGUUACAUGAAAAUAGUUUUCUUGUUUGCUUACUGUUCAAAUAAGUCAUUGCUUAAAUGUAUUUGCUGCCGGUUGCUAAAAAAUAAAUCAUACCCGUUGCCAAUA